GCGGCGCGCAGCGGCGCAGCUCCAGCAGCUAUAGAAGGAAGGGAGAGGUGUGUAGUGUGGGCCGGACUGAGAGUCCUCAGAGCCCGCCGGAACCUCGAGCUGCAGCCCACAGAUCUCCCGCACUGGGCUCGCAAAGAGCGUGCUCGGAGGAUCCUGGGACUCACGCCCGGACCUGCACCUGCAAACCAGAGAGGAAUUGCUCCCUCAGCUUUUUGGAAUAGCACUUGGGGCUAGCGGCAUGAGUCCGGUGAGGCGCGGGGGCAGCCCCUGCCUUUUCCCUUUACAGCUCUUCAGCCUCUGUUGGGUGCUUUCAGUGGCCCAGAGCAAGACAGUGCGAUACAGCACCUUCGAGGAGGACGCUCCUGGCACGGUCAUCGGGACCCUAGCUGAGGACCUGCAUAUGAAAGUAUCCGGAGACACAAGCUUCCGCCUGAUGAAGCAGUUCAACAGCUCGCUGCUCCGAGUGCGUGAGGGCGACGGGCAGCUGACCGUCGGGGACGCGGGCCUGGACCGCGAGCGGCUGUGCGGCCAGGCACCACAGUGCGUGCUGGCCUUCGACGUGGUCAGCUUCUCGCAGGAGCAGUUCCGGCUGAUACACGUGGAGGUGGAGGUGAGGGACAUCAACGAUCACGCGCCGCGCUUUCCCCGGGCCCAGAUCCCCGUGGAGGUGUCCGAGGGCGCGGCUGUGGGCACGCGCAUCCCGCUGGAGGUGCCGGUGGACGAGGAUGUGGGAGCCAACGGGCUGCAGAGCGUGCGCCUGGCCGAGCCUCACAGCCCCUUCCGCGUGGAGCUGCAGACGCGCGCGGACGGCGCCCAGUGCGCGGACCUGGUGCUGCUGCAGGAGCUGGACCGCGAGAGCCAGGCCGCCUACAGCCUGGAGCUAGUGGCCCAGGACGGCGGCCGCCCGCCGCGCUCCGCCACUGCCGCCCUCAGCGUGCGAGUGCUGGACGCCAACGACCACAGCCCGGCCUUCCCGCAGGGCGCCGUGGCCGAGGUGGAGCUGGCGGAGGACGCGCCCGUGGGCUCCCUGCUGCUGGACCUGGACGCAGCCGACCCCGACGAGGGCCCCAACGGCGACGUGGUGUUUGCCUUCGGUGCCCGCACCCCGCCCGAGGCGCGCCGCCUCUUCCGCCUGGACCCGCGCUCGGGCCGCCUCACUCUGGCAGGACCCGUGGACUACGAGCGCCAGGACACCUAUGAGCUAGACGUACGGGCCCAGGACCGCGGUCCCGGGCCUCGGGCCUCCACCUGCAAAGUCAUCGUGCGCAUCCGCGACGUCAAUGACAACGCUCCGGACAUCACCAUCACCCCGCUGGCCGCCCCGGGCGCGCCUGCCGCCUCUCCCUUCGCCGCCGCCGCCGCCGCCGCCGCUCUCGGGGGUGCGGACGCGACCUCGCCGACCGGACCUGGAACGCCGGAGGCCGGCGCCAUCUCGCUGGUGCCAGAGGGGGCGGCGCGCGAGAGCCUGGUGGCGCUGGUCAGCACCUCGGACAGAGACUCGGGCGCCAAUGGGCAGGUGCGCUGCGCCCUCUACGGGCACGAGCAUUUCCGGCUGCAGCCGGCCUACGCGGGCAGCUACCUGGUGGUGACCGCGGCGUCCCUGGACCGCGAGCGCAUCGCUGAGUACAACCUGACGCUGGUGGCCGAGGACAGAGGCGCGCCCCCUCUACGCACCGUGCGGCCCUACACGGUGCGCGUGAGCGACGAGAAUGACAACGCGCCACUUUUCACACGACCAGUCUAUGAGGUGUCCGUGCGUGAGAACAACCCGCCCGGGGCCUACUUGGCCACGGUAGCCGCCCGGGAUCCGGACCUGGGCCGCAACGGCCAGGUCACCUACCGGCUGCUGGAGGCCGAAGUAGGCCGUGCCGGGGGCUCGGUGUCCACCUAUGUGUCGGUGGACCCGGCUACCGGGGCCAUCUACGCGCUGCGAAGCUUCGACUAUGAGACCCUACGCCAGCUCGACGUGCGCAUCCAGGCGAGCGACGGUGGCUCCCCUCAGCUCUCCAGCAGUGCCCUGGUGCAAGUGAGAGUACUGGACCAGAACGACCACGCACCCGUCCUGGUGCACCCGGCGCCGGCCAACGGGACCCUGGAAGUGGCUGUCCCCGGGCGCACGGCAAGGGACACGGCGGUGGCGCGUGUGCAGGCCCGGGACGCAGACGAUGGUGCCAACGGGGAGCUGGCAUUCGAGCUGCAGCAGCAGGAGCCGCGAGAAGCCUUCGCCAUCGGCCGCCGCACGGGGGAGAUAGUGCUCACAGACGACCUCUCACAGGAGCCCCCCGGCCGCGUCUUCCGGGCUCUGUUGGUCAUAUCCGACGGCGGCCGCCCCCCGCUCUCCACCACUGCCACUGUCAGCUUCGUGGUGACAGCAGGUGACGGACGCGGGCUGGUGGCGCCCGCCAGUGCAAAGAGCCCGGAGCGCUCUCGCCCGCCUGGCUCGCGGCUCGCAGCGUCGGGGCCGGCGCUACAAUGGGACACGCCGCUAAUCGUCAUCAUCGUGUUGGCGGGAAGCUGCACGCUGCUGCUGGCCGCCAUCAUCGCCAUCGCCACCACCUGCAACCGCCGCAAGAAGGAGGUGCGCAAAGGGGGGGCCCGCCGGGAAGAGCGGCCCGGGGCGGCGGGCGGCGGAGCCUCGGCUCCCGGCUCCCCGGAGGAGGCUGCCCGGGGAGCCGGGCCCAGGCCCAACAUGUUCGACGUGCUCACCUUCCCUGGCAGCGGCAAAGCGCCCUUUGGCAGCCCCGCGGCCGACCCGCCCCCGCCCGCGGUCGCUGCGGCCGAAGUGCCGGGCUCGGAGGGCGGCAGCGCCACCGGGGAAAGCUCCUGUCACUUCGAGGGGCAGCAGCGGCUCCGCGGCGCGCACGCCGAGCCCUACGGUGCCUCUCCCGGCUUCGGAAAGGAGCCGGCGCCCCCUGUGGCGGUCUGGAAAGGACACUCUUUCAAUACCAUCUCCGGCCGAGAAGCUGAGAAGUUCAGCGGCAAAGACAGCGGCAAAGGGGACAGUGAUUUCAACGACAGCGAUUCCGACAUCAGCGGGGACGCUCUGAAAAAGGAUCUCAUCAACCACAUGCAGAGUGGACUGUGGGCGUGCACCGCUGAGUGUAAGAUCCUGGGCCACUCUGAUCGCUGCUGGAGCCCGUCAUGCGGAGGGCCCAACACACAUCCCCCGCCUCACCCACCGGCCCAGAUGUCUACCUUCUGUAAGAGCACGUCCCUGCCUCGUGAUCCUCUGCGCAGGGACAAUUACUACCAGGCCCAGCUGCCCAAGACAGUGGGGCUGCAGAGCGUCUAUGAGAAAGUGCUACACAGGGACUAUGACAGGACAGUCACUCUGCUCUCCCCUCCCCGCCCAGGGAGGCUCCCAGACUUGCAGGAGAUUGGGGUACCCCUCUAUCAGUCCCCCCCUGGCAGGUACCUGUCCCCAAAGAAGGAAGCCAAUGAAAAUGUGUAAUCCCAUGCUGCAUGUCUUCACAACAUAUACAGGUCACUCCGAGAAGCCCCUAAAUUAUUGACAGGUUUCAGUGUUGUAUAUAUAAAUAUGCAAGAUGUGCCUUAAAAUGAAGUUGUUGGAAGCUAUUUCCAAUCACAUUGGUACUGUUUGGUAUUUGCAAACAAAAAUGUAGUUAAUGUAAUUUUUAUGAAAUGUGUGCAGUAUUUAAUUUUUCUUAUCAUGCUAUUGACUUUAAUUUCACUUGCGGCUUGCCAUUUUCUUAGUGUUUUUAACCUGUACAUUGUGUAAUGUAAUGUUUGUAUAUAAUGAAAUUUUGUUAUAUUUUUAUAUAAUAAAAGCUAAAGUGGAAGUUAUUGCCAAAGGAACUGUCUGUAAGACAAAAAAAAUGGGAAUUACUUAAUGGAAAUUUACCUUUCACCUGAAACAACCUAGUGUUUGAGAAUUUUUGCCUUGCCAAGUAUACCUUGUAUAUCUUGAGUCUGUGGUAGAUUUCAAGUUCAAUGUUACUUAAUUACAUUUGGUUUUCUGUAAACCGUGUCACUUAUAAGCACAGUAAUAAAGGAUUUGUCAUGUGUUUGAAGAA